UAAAAGCGCACUUGCUGCAAGAUGUUCAAGGUCUUGAAGAAGGAGAUAAAGAUGUGGAUGAUCUUGACUCUGGAGCUUAUGGAUUUGUCUUCAAAGUGAGUGUUGCUGGCUUGCCUUGCAUGGCUAAGAAGCUACACCGAAUCCUGACCAACAAAGAAGUAUCUGCUGAUGAUCGAAAAUGUAUACAGGGGAAAUUUUACAAUGAGUGUGUCCUUUUGAGCAAGUUGUCCCACCCCAAUAUCGUACAUUUUGUGGGGGUGUGUUAUGGAAAAUCCAAGAGCGAUCUGAUGCUUGUUAUGGAGCGAUUGAAGAGUGAUCUUGCUACAUUCGUUGAAAAACGUAAAAACAUCCCGAUAUCAAUCAAGGUAUCUACUUUGCUUGACAUUUCUUACGGUCUACUGUACCUCCACAAUCAAACUCCACCUCUCAUACAUCGUGAUCUGACAGCACCGAAUAUUCUCCUGACUGAAGAUUGUCGAGCCAAAAUUGCUGAUUUGGGAGUAUCGAAGUUUCUCACUGACCCGCAUAUUAUCAAGCAAACAAUGGCCCCUGGAAAUUUAUCCUACAUGGCUCCAGAAACCAAAAUCAAGGAUCCUCAGUAUAAUACAAGUAUGGACAUUUUCUCAUUUGGACAUCUUGUACUCCACACCUCGAUUCAAAGUUGGCCAAAAAUUUUUCGAGUCACCAAUUUUCGCAAAGUGGAGCCUGGUAAAAUGGAGAUUGCUGAGAGAAAGUAUGUCCUUGAAGAACAAAUGAAGAAAAGUCACCCUCUCUACGAACUUGCUAUCAACUGUCUGCAAGAUGAGCCGAAGCUUCGACCCUCAACAGCUGACCUGAACAAGACUCUCAAUCAGCUCAGUACAAAGCACCCAAAGUCCCCAGGGGAUGUUGCAUCCAUCCUCGAAGAGGAGCUAGUUGAUCAAAAGGACAACAGGACAGAUGCUGAGAAACUUCGUGUUGAGCUGGAGGAGCUGACUAGAAAAGCUGAAAAAGAUGCUCUAACUCAUCGCCAAGAAGCGGAAUAUCUUCAAAGAGAGGCCAUAAACCUUCAAGCCCAGGUGGAGGACCUCACUCAGAGGCUAAACAAAAUAUCUGCAUCAAUUAAGGACCUCCAAGAAGUCAUUAAAAUUACUAAUGAGCAAGCUCCACCCUCUGCCGACGGUAUUCAAGCUGGUGAUGAAGGUGAUGGUGCCAAAAUACUGCAACAUAUUAGAGACAAAUACCUUGAAAAGGUUACAGAAAUUGCCGAUUUGAAACAAGAAAAUCGAACAGAAAAGGAUCAGAUGAAACAUCGAUUUGACAGAAAAAUGAGUGAGCUAACAGAUAAAGUCCACGAGAAAGAUUGCCAGUUGAAAGCACCACGAUGUAGCAACUGCUCCAGAGUUAGCCUUCCCCCUACUUCUAGUGUCGAUGAUGCUGAUGAAGAUGAGGAGUCCACAUCCAUUGCAGAAAUGAAAGCGGCUCUCAGAACAAAGGAUAAAGAAAUUCAGUCCCUUAGUAUUCAGUUACAAACGUUCCAACAAGUGGCGUCUCAGCGACAGCAGUUACAAGAACACAGUAAAAUACAGAACACUGUUGUGGUACAACUCAAGAAGGAGCUUGCGGCAGCUCAGGAGGAACUUCGAGUAGUCAGGGACAUGUCAGAAGUUGCAAGAAAAAUUAGAGAGCUCCAUCAGGCGAUAGUCAUGUGCAAUGAAGAGCUUAGAGACCUCAGGAAAGAGAAGACAGGGGUUGAAGAUGACUUGAAUCUUCUAAAGCUGGAGUUUGAGGCUGAGCAAACAAACCAUAAUUCUGUGAAGAGAGACCUUGCAAGGUCCCAAAGUAUUGUAUCAUCUCUUAAAGAUAAGUCAACUGUUCAAAUGGGAGCAGAAGAAGAUCCACAAGAGAUACAGCUACUCACGGCUGAAGUGAAUCUGUUUAAAAUUGAACUUAAAGAACAUGAGAAAAGAGUGGAGAGACUCAACAACAGAAUCACUGAGCUUGGUAAAGCGAAUCUAUCACUGAAGAGAAGAUUGAGAGAUUCCAAUGAAGAACGUGAUGUUUUGGCUCUACAAAGUGUCGAGUUGCGUGCUUCUAAACACAGCUACAAAGGACAGUUGGAGAAAGCAUUUCAGUACCAACAAGACUUUGAAGAAGAACGUGCUGCUCGAGAACAAACUUUUGGUACAAACGAUGCUCUGUCUGAUCAACUCAGAAAAUAUAUGGCAGAAGCUGAGACAGAGAAACGAGAAAAACAAGCUGUGAUAGCCAAACUACAAGAUGCUCGCCAGAGGCUGGAAGUGUCCCUCGCUGACUCAGCAAAGCUUCACGAUGAGGUCAUGGCAAAGACGGCUCAAGUGAAGCAGUACAAGAAACAGACGGACAGUUUCAAAGCCAAAGUGGAGGAGGCCAAUACUAAACUAUUGAAGACACAGCAGGAGCUGCAGCGACGCCUUGAGCUCAUUAAAACCAUGGAAGAGGACAAUCAGUAUCAGAUUGAGCAAGCCAAAGCAACUGCAGAGAGCGAUAAGCUUGCUGCUAGUACGGAUUUAAUCCAAUCUCAAAGACGAGUUGAAGCGUUUGAAAGAGAACUACAGGAACUUAGAUACGGUGGGGAAAUUCCCAAGGCUGUGAUGAUCGAGGUUGACAGACGAAUAGAGGUGGAACAAAAACUACUAGCAGCCGAAUCAAAAUGCAGUGAGCUAAUGGACAAAUGCAACACCUGCUACCAAGCCAUUGAGAAGCUGAAGGGAACACUCGCACAGCACUCGAUAGCAAUUCCUCUUUUCAGCAUUGACAAGAUCCCAGUGCUACCACAUCAGUCCAUCAACAGUCGACUGGAGUCCCCGCAACACCGACAACCAGUCUCUCCUGUUUAUAUGAGGGAGAGCCAACCUGAAAGUGGUCAACCUGAAAGUGGUCAAGAGCUAAAGAAUUCUCAUCAAGAAAUCCCUCCACUCACUGGAAGGGGUCAGUCAACCCUUACAGGUCAACCAGCUUUAAAAUUUCAACCAAUACCCCGACCACGAAAAAACUCUAAACCAAAGACACAACGGCCCAAACAAGUAGCGAAUGAACACACUUUGCUUCAAGGCAUAGACCAAGACAUCAAAGACGCUGCCAAGUUUCUUAUCCAUGAAGGGGAUGAGUUGGAAUCGAUGGCACCCGAUGCUCCGUUUGACCCGAACCUAAUCUGUCCUCUAUGUAGGCGUAACUUUAGAGUGGGGGAGAUUCAGAAGUAUAGGAAACAUGUGAACACUUGUAAUGGACAGUAGACAAAUUAAUAUGUCCAGUAGACUAGAACUAUAUAUAAUGUGCCUUCAUUAUUGUGUGACUGUUAUUAUUGUGAAAUCCAUAAUUAUGUUCAAAUGA